AUGCCAAAACAAGCUCAAGUAGGAACGGUUGAUUGCAAAAGAAUUUGUAUGCAGUUAGUUGAAGAAGAAGGCGUUAUUGUCCAAGGACACGCAUUUUAUAAUCCAGUGCAGAAGUUUAACCGCACUAUGACCAUUCGUAUUAUCAAUGCUUAUAAAGAACAUUUUGGGAAAGACUCUCUAAGCAUUUUAGAGUGUAUGUCAGCCACCGGAAUUAGAGCUAUUCGAUACUGCCGCGAGAUUAAAGGAAGCCGAAGAAUAGUUAUGAAUGACUUAUCAGCUCGAGCCUGUGCUGAAAUAGUAGCCAACUGCCAAGCUAACGGAAUUGAAGCCAAAGUUAAUGAAGAAGUUGAUAAUGGCGAGUGCUCAGUUGAAGUCUGCAAUGAAGAUUGCCGAGUGCUUAUGCUCCAGCGCAAGCACAAGUACGAUGUAAUUGAUAUUGAUCCGUUUGGUUCGUGUGCCCUUUAUAUUGAAUCGGCCUUAGAAAGCAUUGCCCCAGGUGGACUACUUUGUGUUACUUCCACUGAUUUGAAGGCACUUUGUGACAGUCCGCCUGAAGCUUGUUUUAAGAAGUAUGGAGCCUGCUCAAUCAGUAAUACUUACUCCCAUGAAGUAGCCAUUCGCAUCAUUCUCAGUUACAUCUCUAGAACUGCCGCUAAACUCAAAAGAACUAUUCGACCACUUAUUAGUCUUUAUAUGGACUUCUUUAUACGCGUCUUUGUUGUAGUAGACCCGGUUGAGCAAAAGUAUAACUCUGGACUGGAAGGCAGUUCUCUUUUCUUCUUAUGCCAGUGUCUCAACCAUUUAGAAAUCCCUAGUUUACGCCAAGAAGGCAAAGCCUAUCGCCACGCCAAAGCCAACCUACCCGAAGCCUGUCCUCUUUGUGCCCGCAAACCUUCUCUCUACGGCCCCCUCUGGAAGGCCCCUCUCCAUGAUCCCGACUUUAUUCAACUAGUUCUAGCCCCAAUUGAUGAAGCCACUAUCCAAACCAAAACCGGCGGAGUUAAAGAAAUGGCCUUCACCUCCGCCCAAAUAGAUAGAAGAAUCCACGGCAUGCUUAGUAUGGCCAAGGAAGAGGAAGAAGAUGCCCCUUUCUUCUAUACCAUGUCCCUCAUCGCUACCAACCUCAAACUUCCUAUGGCCCCUCUAGUUUCCAUCAUCUCCUUCCUCGAGCACAACGGUUACACCGCUUCCCUCUCCCACUGCCGGGCCGGCGCCAUGAAAACCAAAGCCCCUCUCGAACUAGUCUAUCUCGCCCUCGCCGAGUACUUCCACAUCCACCAACCCAAUACUUACAACCAAGCCCUUACCAAAGCCCUCAACUCCACCAGCCAAACCCCAGAAGUCAUUAUCUUUAACCAAAUCCUCAACUAUCAAAAGAAAUCAAAAAUUAUCAUUGAUUUUACAAUCACCCAAGAUGCCAAAAAGAAAACCUCCCAGAAGUACCUCAAGUUCCCCGACCAUAUAGGUCUCAAUUGGGGACCGGGAUCUAACAAGCCCAAACAAUCUAGAUAG